AAUGCUCAACUCAGUUCAAAAGAGGUGUCUAAGAGGAUAACUUCAGAACGAGGAGACGCUGCUCAGUAACAAACUCAAACCACUUGGAUUAUUUUUGCUCAUCUUUCUAUUCUCCGAUCUUAAAGAAGAAAGCCUGCAAACAUGCCUGUCUCAAGAAUGAGGAUGAGGCCAUGGCUGGAGAUGCAGAUCAAUUCAAACGCCAUCUCCGGUCUGACUUGGGUGGAUAAGGAAAAGACGAUGUUUUCAAUUCCCUGGAAGCAUGCAGCUCGACAUGGUUGGGAGCUCAGUAAAGACGCAUGUCUGUUCAAAGAGUGGGCCAUCCAUACAGGAAAAUACAAGGAAGGCCAGACUUGCGACCCUAAAACAUGGAAAGCCAACUUCCGCUGUGCAAUGAACUCGCUGGCUGACAUUGAGGAGGUGAAAAACCGCAGCGUCAACAAAGGCCACCAAGCUGUACGAGUCUUCAGGAUGCUGCCUCAAACGCCCAAAUGUAAAGAUAAACAACGCAAAGUGAGGGAGACAAAGCAAAGGAAAAAGAACACAGUGGUCAAAAACGAGGAUGACACAGACUACAGCGACACACAGUCACCUGUGAAUGCGUCCCUGCCAGAUGACACCUUGUCCACACAGGAAAACACAAUCGACAGCACUAUGAUGCCAGAAAAUGAAGAAAGUUCUUUACUGAAUCCAGCUGAAGUUCCUGAUUGGUCUUUGUCUGUUGAAAUUGGGCCGGACCCUUUUCCACACUGCUUUCCCCACAGAUUUGAGGUCUCCCCUGAUCACAGUCCUGCUUACGACUAUUGCCAAGACAUUAUUGAGAUUUGCGAGCAACUGGAGAAAGAGCCACAUUGGACUUACAGUUCAGACGGCAAUGGGUUCCUGAGCAAUGAAGAAUGCACCAGUCCAGGAAGCCAGUGGAGUGAAACUUCUUCAGCAGAGGACCUAGAAGACAUCCCACAAUACACAACUUUGGGCACAGACUUAAGCUCCACAGAUGACCUCUGGAGCAGCUUUUAUCCACAGGCACUUUCCAUGGUCUGAGGUGUCCAGAACCCCAACCCGGACAGGACAGUGCUUGGACACUGAACUUUUUUAAAGAGCUCUUCCUGUCCGCCAUCUUUCAUCACCCCUGCCCUUCAGCUCAAUCAAGUCAACGUCCUUCCAGUGUCGACACAUUAAGCUAAACCGUCAUCCACUCCCUGUUUUUUGGAACUGGGUUCCUCUCUCCCAUCCAUUAUGUGAAGUUUUAAAGCAGACGGCUGUGUUUGUGGAACACGUGCUGUUCACCGUCUAUGUUUUUGGCUGGUUCAAAGCUCAGACAGGGCAUUACAUCGUAAACAUCCACACCAGGAGGUAUACCUAUAGAUACCUCAGCUGCAAAUAGACUGUCAUUUAUUGGCUCUUGGUAUUUAGCAGGUAGUUACUGUCUAGUGUAAAAAAAAAACACAUAUAUUUUUUUAUCCGUUAUGUACCAGUAAACUUAGGUUAAAUGGGAAAAAAAUGCAUUCUUAACUGUCAUUUCUCUUUACACUUCUCAAGGUUGUGGUGAUAGACCUUCUUACUUGUGCCUGAAGAUAUCUGUAUAUAAUUGUUGUUGUUUAUUUGUGUUUUUUUAAAUAAAAUAAAAAUAAUGUACAAAUCUGGA